UCUCGGAAGCGUGCUCAAAUUCUGUAUAGAAGGGAAGGUUAGCCGUGCAUAUCCCGGGAAAACUUGAUACCUGCCAUUUUAUCAAAGUAAUAAUGGCUGCUUCAAAUAGUUCCUUGAAGAUUAACAAAAAAUUGCUGGAUCCAAACUUUGAAAGUUAUCGGCUGUCUUUGGAUCCUUUGCCAACGUAUAACGUAGAGUUAGAUGCUGCUGUGGCAGAAGUGAAACUGAAGGACAAUCAGUACACAUUGGAUCAUAUGCGUGCAUUUGGAAUGUACAAUUACCUGCAAAUUGAUCCCUGGUAUGAUGAUAGCGUGUACUUCAUGGACUGCAUGGGCAGGGUGCUCAAUCUCAGUGUAACAUUGGACACAGCACUGGGGAAGCCUAGGGAGGUGUACUGUAUGCUCUCAGACCAAAACCGGUCUGAGAAUCGCCUGUGUGCUUCUCUCAGCCUCACCUCAGCUACCUGGGCUGCUCUCUCUGACGGAAUGGGCAGGCUGUACCUGUUGCACACUGGAAAGAGGGGCGAGGGUGCCGUCAGCAGGUGGGAGCUUAUGUUCUGUGAGGAUAUGGGAGAGCCCUUCAUCAUCGUCCACAGCCUCUCCCACCUCCACGAUGCAGCCCAUUCAGUGGAACUGGCCCUGCUGCGUAUCCAGAGGGAACAAUCAGCUGACAGCGGAAGUGGCUUCUUUGUUUCUCUGGAAUGGCUCACAAUCAGUAACUCAAAAGAUCAUGGUGAGGGGAAAAAAUAUGAAGUGAGCAGGAGGAGGUUGUUGCAGGGGAAGUGUGUUCCUCAUUAUGCUGCUGUGGAGCCUCAGGGGCUUGGGCUGAUGGUGCUGUCAGAAAAGCCCUUCAGAUUGACACAGGUUGAUGGGGAACCGGUGGGGCAGUCUGCACCAGAGGCCAUGGAGCUGGAGCAAAAAACAGAUCCCAUCUAUGUUUGGCAACAAACAGCUGAAGACAUAACAGUGACAGUUCAUCUGCCAAAUGAGGCCACUAAGGAAGACAUCCAGUUCAAGUUAUCCAUGGAUAGCCUGUCUGUGGGGGUUCAGGGUUACACCCCUCUAAUAGACGGCCACCUGCAUGCUCCAGUGGAUCCCACAGCCAGCACAUGGAAUAUGAAAGAUGACAAAAUCCUGGAAGUCUUUCUGCAGAAGAAGAACAUAGGGCCCAUGUGGCCAGAGCUGGUGAUCAGGGAUAGGACAGAGGAAAGUGUGGUGAACCCAAGCCUGGAUGAUGUCAAUGCAGAAGACUUGAUUGACGACCCAGAGAAAGAUAAACCUCCAUGCAAUGUGCAAGAAUUGGAAGACUGUGAUAUCUUCCCUGAGGACAGCUCAAGUCUGAUGCGGUUUGAUGGAGAGACAAUGAAACCUACCCAUGUGGUGAAUUUGGGAAGUCACCAGUUUCUCUUUGCUGUUGACGUCAGUCCGUCUGAGAUGCCCUGUUUCUGUGUACGCCAUGAUGUGGAUGCCCUAGUGUGGCAGCCCCGCCCCACCCAGCCAGACAACAUGUGGGAGCAUAUUGCCACCUUCAAUGCCCUCGGAUAUGUCCAGGCAUCAAAACGUGAUAAGAAGUUUGCCACCUGUGCUCCUAACUUUUCCUACGCUGCACUGGGAGAGUGUCUGCGGAGGGUAUUUAUUUAUCGGCAGCCAUCUCCUGUGGACACUGUGCUGUUCAACAGGAAGCAAGGCAAGAAAGUGGGACAGGUUGCCAAGCAACAGGUUGCAAGUCUGGACUCCAACGAUACAGUCCUGGGCUUCAGAGCCACCAAUGAACGACUCUUUGUCUUGACCUCAAGAAACCUUUUUGUUUUGAGAGUAAAUAAUUAGUUUUCAUCUCCCAUUCCACAGAGAAAUGUGUUUCACUUAUGUCUAAUGUUCUUUAUUUCAUGUUUUUAUCCAAAGUAUGAUUCCCAUAUAAUAUGGCCUUCUGGGCGUCCUGUGAUUGUAAUAACUGCAUACACUUCUGCUUUAUUAUUCAAAUUGUAAAGAGGAAUGUAAUAAAAAAUUCUCAGAUUUCA